AUCUCUCUCUCUCUCUCUCUCUCUCUCUCUCUGUGUGAUCUGUGAGAAAUGAAGAAUAUGAAAUCAAGCUCCAUUUUGGUACUUGGGUUUCUUUUGUUUAUGCUUAUUUUCUCUCAUCCAUCAACAACCCAAGCUCAAGAAGUUGAGGAUGAAAGAGAGUUCGAUUACGCAAGAGGUAGUCAUAUGGGACCGGAGAAAUGGGGUGCCAUAAAGAAAGAAUGGUCGUUAUGCAGCAACGGGACGAUGCAGUCUCCCAUCGAUAUGUCGAGUCGCAGGGUGGCCAUGGUCGCCACUUCCACCAAGCUCUACAGAAACUACAAGCCUCGUAAUGCCACCAUCAAUAAUAGAGGCCAUGACAUUAUGCUUCAAUGGGAAGGUGACGCUGGAUCAAUUCGAAUCAGUGGUACCAAUUAUGCUUUAAAACAAGCACAUUGGCAUUCGCCUUCCGAGCAUACCAUCAAUGGCAGAAGGUAUGACAUGGAAUUACAUAUGGUCCACGUCAGCAUCGACUACAAAAUAGCUGUCAUUGCUGUUCUUUACAAUAUUGGCAAACCUGACUCUUUUCUUUCUAAGUUAGCCGUAAAUAUAUCGUCUAUGAUAGAUGAAAAGGGUGAGCACGGACAUAGCGGUAUAAUAAGUCCAAAAGAGAUUCAAAUGAGCAGCAGGAGGUAUUACCGAUACGUUGGUUCACUCACUGUUCCUCCUUGCACCGAAGGAGUUGUUUGGACCAUUAGCCGAAAGAUAAGAACUGUUUCAAAAGGUCAAGUUAAAUUGCUUCGAGAGGCUGUACAUGAUUAUGCAGCAAAUAAUGCAAGACCGGUACAGCCACACAACGAACGAGACACCUUUUUUUACGGUCCAGACACGAGACAAUAAAUAAGAGAUUAAUUGAUAUAUACUUUGUUUGUAAUACAACAAAAUCCAUCUUUAAAUUAUGUUAAAUAUAUAUAUUU